AGCCCCAGGCUGCGCGCCGGAGACAAAAUGUACCAUCGCACAGGCGUACGUAUUUUCAUCCGCGGUAUGUUGGAUCCGCCCUCUCUGACUUGUGAGGUAGCCAUUCUCAUUCAGAUCAGCGGCCCUUUUCGUCGGUGUCGGCGCAGCAAUGGUGUUCUAUUUCCAAUAUGAGAAAGCCCGACUAGAGCGAAAGAGAAUCGUCGAGAUGAGCAAAGGUUACGGAAAGCCCAAAGUUGGUGGGCCAUUUACACUCAAAGACCUGGAUGGAAAAGAGUUCACGGAGCAGGAUCUGCUUGGAAAAUAUUCAAUGAUCUAUUUCGGAUUCAGCCAUUGUCCUGACAUAUGUCCGGAUGAACUUGACAAGAUGGGAGAAGCUAUUGACAUCCUGCAAGAAAGAGCGCCAAACGUCCUACGGCCGAUUUUCAUCUCCUGCGAUCCGAAUCGUGACACCCCAGACGUCCUGAGAGCCUACUUGUCCGAGUUCCACCCUGCCAUACAAGGUCUUUCGGGCACUUGGGAGCAAACCAAAAAUGUGUGCAAGCAGUACCGAGUAUACUUUUCCACUCCCCCAGAAUUGAAACCCGGCGAAGAGGACUACUUGGUCGACCACAGUAUAUAUUUCUAUGUCAUGGACCCGGAGGGCGACUUUGUCGAGUGCAUUGGCAGACAAGACACUCCAGAAAGUGCGGCCGCGAUCGUUCUUCAACAUAUCAGAGACUGGAAGAAGGAGGGCAAGCCGAUUGAUCCGACACCACUGCCCUACGUUCAGGCGAAGCUGGCUGCACCGGCUGCGAAGUAAUUACUGCCAUCGGAGGGCAUGGAAUCAACACAUACCUCAGCCGCCAACAACACUCAACGGAUGAGCGCAAAUGACAACCUGUUUGAUUGAGAGCCUUCAGCGGCAGGCCACGAAAGGAGAGCCACCAGUAGGCCACAUGACUACGAAGCAUGGCGAUAAUGCAUUUUCUGGGAUCAGUUAUAUACUCCACUUCUGAGCACUUGGCAACAGGGUCUAGCUUGGAUCUUGCCCUUGCAUCUCCAGAUCACGCCGUCUCGCAUCUUGCAUAUUACCACGAUCCAAUCCUGUUGCUU